CCCGCGGACAUUUGCGAAGGCUACAACUACCUUUUCUGAAUCUACUGUGUGGACCAACUCCAGGGGAGUGCGCGCAUGGAUCUGCUGUUUUCUGGUAGGAUGUCUCCCGCCGUCCGGUGCCGGAAUCGACCACUGCAAGUAAUGCUGAACCAGAAGAAGAUAAAGGCGAGAAGGAAAAAGCGCAAAGAGUUGUUGUUGAUACAACUGUGCUUUCUAGGCGGGAUGUUUCUGCUCGUCACGGCACUCUCCUAUCUCGCAGACGGGACAGGUUAUGACGUACUAUCCAGCUUGACGUCCUACGACGCUGACAGGGCCAUCGCUAGGAGACUGCUGUACGUGUCAGAAGAUGACUACAACAACAGCACAGAGGAAGAGGACGAGGAGGAAGAAGAGAAGAACUGUACCAGCCCAGCUCUACAUGAGUUCCCCACGGACUUGUUCACCCACCGCCAGAGGACGGAGGGGGCUGUGGCACUACACGUCCUGUGUGCCAUGUACAUGUUCUGUGCGUUGGCCCUGGUCUGUGAUGACUACUUCGUUCCCUCGCUGGAGAAGAUUUCAGAGCGUCUGCAGCUGAGUGAGGAUGUUGCGGGGGCCACCUUCAUGGCAGCAGGCAGCUCUGCUCCAGAGCUCUUCACCUCGGUCAUCGGAGUGUUCAUCACCAAGGGAGACGUGGGCGUGGGCACCAUCGUGGGCUCUGCUGUCUUCAACAUCCUCUGUAUCAUCGGCGUGUGUGGCUUCUUCGCUGGAAAGGCAGUGAAGCUGACCCACUGGGCCCUACUGAGGGACUCCUUCUGCUACACCAUCUCUGUUGCCGCGCUCAUAGCAUUCAUUUACGAUGAGAAAGUAUCAUGGUGGGAGUCGUUGGUCCUUAUUGUGCUGUAUCUCUUCUACAUCCUCAUCAUGAAGUUUAACUCCUGUGCCCAGCGCUACUUUGAGAGGAGGAAGAAGAGUGCAAGCAACCUGGCCAAUGGCCUGACAGGCAGCACGGACAUGGAGGAAAUCAACUGUGAUGCCACCGCUGUCCUGCUCAAGAAAGCUAACUUCCAGUCGCAGCCCAAUGUGCUGAUGGUGGAUGAGUUGUUGUCGGCGUACCCCCACCAGCUCUCCUUCUCAGAGGCCAGCAUGAGGGUCAUGAUCACCAACCACUUCUCACCUCGCACACGCCUCACCAUGGCCUCCAGACUGCUCAUCAACGAGAGGCAGCGUCUGUGCAACAGUCGUUCCUUCAGCUGCAGCGAGGCGGACAUGCUAGCCAUGCGCGGCGGCGGCUACGAUCGGCGACUACUGGAGAACGGCCUGAGCAUCAUCGACCGCGGCCCCCACGUCUGCCGAGGAAGGAGGGAUCGUGGAGACGUGACGGUGAACGAGAAUGAGGAUAACGAGAACAACGAGAACGAUGAGGGGGAUGGAGAUGAUAGCGACGAAGGGCCCCUGGUGCCGUUCCGCGUGCCAGCGGGUUGCUUCAACAAGCUGAAGUGGCUGAGCAUGUGGCCGCUGUGCCUGCUGCUCUUCUUCACCAUCCCCAACUGUGCCAAGGCCGGCUGGGAGCGCUGGUUCAUGGUCACCUUUGUCACCUCCACCCUCUGGAUCGCAGGCUUCUCCUACAUCAUGGUGUGGAUGGUGACCGUGAUUGGCUACACGCUCGGCAUCCCUGAUGUCAUAAUGGGCAUCACCUUCCUGGCAGCUGGCACCAGCGUCCCCGACUGCAUGGCCAGUCUUAUUGUGGCACGGCAAGGAAUGGGCGACAUGGCCAUAUCCAACUCCAUUGGCUCCAAUGUCUUUGACAUUCUGGUGGGCCUGGGACUGCCCUGGGCCAUCCAGACACUGGCCAUAGACUAUGGCUCAUAUGUGCACUUGAAUAGCAGAGGUCUCAUCUUCUCAGUGGCUCUGCUCUUGCUGUCCGUCUUCGUUACAGUGUUGGGGGUGCACUUGAACAAAUGGACGCUGGACCGGCGGCUGGGCCUGGCGUGUCUGCUGCUGUACGCCAUCUUCUUGACCUUCUCCAUCCUCAUCGAGUUCAACGUCUUCAUGUUCGUCAACCUGCCCAUGUGCCGGGAGAUCAUCUGACAAGUUUCGCACAUCUGACAGCCCUUCCUCCAACAGCCUUGUCCUACCGGCCCUCUUCUGGCUGUGUUCUGGUCCUAUUCUGGCCCUGUUCCGGUCCUGCCCCGGGCCUGUUCCGGUCCUAUCCCGGGCCUGUUCCGAUCCUAUCCCGGGCCUGUUCUGGUCCUGGUCCCGUCCGGCUUCCCUCCUCAGCCCUACCCUCCGCUUGCAUCACUUCCUGUUCACCUGCUUCAGGAAGAUUGCUGACGGUAGAAAAGGAGAAAAUAUAAUGAAAAAAAUAUAUAUAUAUAUUUGUAUGAAAACGAUGACAGAACGAUGACGGAUACAAAUUUUGGUCAGAUAUUUUUUGUUGUUCUUGUUAAGAUGAGUGAUUUAAGGUCUGAUUUUUUUUUUGGUGCAAUAGAGACAGAUGCCUCAUGGGCUGACGAUGAGUUGUUUUUUGAGGAGGAUACUUGAAGGGAAACGAAUAAAAAUGUCCGAAGUGAGAAGAGGAGGAUGGAGGAAGAAAAAGUAAAAAAAAAAAAAAGAAUAAAGUGAAAAAGACUGAAGCCAAGCUGAAAGCGUGCGAAUACGUUUGAGCUUGUCAGGUUUGUAUCUUCUCGCAGCUGCUGGAUUCCCUAGGGUUACCAUGGUGACAGAUGGAUGAUUUGAGUAGUUCACUGUUUAAAGCGAUUUCUUGUGGUAAUGCGUUUAGGGGUCAAAACAGUCCAAUGACCUGGACAAACUGGAUCAUUCUUUGUACAUAAAUAUACAUAUAUUGAAUGUCAAGACUUCAGGGCCAUUUCCAAAAUAUAUCACAUCAUAUCAGGGCUUUGUACAUUUUCUUUUAGCAAAUAUGUAUGAAUGCGGAAUGGGUGUGUACACACAUUGCUGGUCAUUUGUGUUCAGAGAAUCGAACCUUGAUCCAGAGUUGCUAUAUGCUUUGUUU